UGAGAGAGAGAGCAGGAUAGAGAGACUGAGAGCGAUAACAGGAGGCUGCUGGUAUUGGCUUCUACUGCAGUGAGCAACGAUAGAGCGAGAGAGAGGGAGAGAGAGAGGGAGAGAGAGAGAGAGAGGGCAAGAGAGCUGCGAGAGAGCUGUAAUGUUCUCUGGUGCUUGCAGCGGUGCUGAUCCAUACACUUUCUGUUCCUGCCUCAGUUCCUACACGCACAUCCACACACACACCUCGCCGGCAUGGCUCCAGCGCAGCCUGGGGGGGAUCCUCUCCUGGAUUACUGCUGGAGCGUCUCCACACUGGACUGAAUGAGCAGCACGCUGAUCCUAUUUUUUCUGCAUGCUGCUAUGCUUCAUUCAUCUGAAAGGCUGGACUAAGCUGGAUUUCACACUGGACCCGCACUAGGGAGAAGGGGAGAAAAGAAGGAGACAGAAGGCGGCGCGUCAUCAGCGGUCAGGAUUUCCUCUUCUUCAAAUCAGCUGGCUCUCACGAUGCCCUUGGUGCCUGGACCUGGGUUUGUCCACACCUGAUGGACAUCUGCAUCUCAUUCAUUCACUAGUGAACUGUGAACAGGCUCUGAUUAGCCUCUGGCUAUAGAGACUCAUCAUCAUUCAUUCCCCACCGCUGCACCGUAUCAUGCUUUUCAUGAGACGACUAUAUGUUGAAAUGUGUAAUGUGUCAGAUAGGUGCUUAUACAUGUGGUAGAGUGUUAGGUGUAUAUAGGUGGACAGACAGGAGAGAUUUGGGUGCUACAGGAAGCAAAAACACUGUAUACAUAUAUAUUGUAUAAUAAGAUGCACAUCAUUUAUAUAUACUUAUUUGUACAUACAAGACAUCCGACAAAGUGCUUAGGACGAUAACAUCAAGGGAGACAUUCACAUUCAAUGAUAUAUGUCAUGUGGGUUGUUAUUUUUGUUGAGAAAUUUUGUCCUGACGAUAGAAACUGAGCUAAUUUUGCCUCAUAUUGUGUCCUAUAUAGCAGUUCUGGAGUAAAUCUCACCUCCACACAGGUAGAAACAAAUAUAAACAAAUAUAAAGGUACCGACAGAAAGCGAGAGUGACAGACAUAUAGAGAGAGGAGGAGUGGGAGAGAAACAGCAGGGGUCCGCUUCAGACGGGCUGUGACAGGUGCAGUCACUCAAACAGUCUCUGUCGUGCAUUCCCUGCAGUUAGAAGGGUGGAGAACGGAUUUGAUGUGAUUGCUGAAUGACAGGUUGGUUCAUAUGAGAGGCUCGGGGUGCGAGGAGUGGGUCGUGUCCCCCCUUUCUCCGGGGAGAAGAGACAGUGUUUGGCGAAGUGUAUCAUGUUGAAAAAAAGGCUAAUAGGGAUAUUUUCAUAUUAUACGUAAGGACUUACCAUUACUGUGUGUGCUUCAUAUCAAAUGUGACCAUGGUGAUGUGAUUGUGCUGUUAUUUUGAAAGAAAUGUGACUAUCAAGGCGGUUCAUGUAAGAAGAGAAAGUGAUUAGGAUGGUUGUUACGCUUAAAACAAGGCUCUGUGAAAGUUGUUAACGCGAUCAGUUCUGGGAUCAUGUUAAUAUGAAUAUGCUCUAAAUUCAAUGGAAAGCUAGCAUACCUGCUUACAUUGGCUGGUAAAGCGAUGGGCCUGUACUCAACAGGUCGAGCACUGUUCCACUGAGAGCUUGCUGUAGCAGAGUCGAUCUGUGACAGGCUGCUAUGUAAUGACACAUAGCAUACGUUUGUUUAAGAAACACAACACAUUACAGAGAAGGGGGGCAUGAUGCGCCUUCUAAGAAUAGCACAGAGAGUACAGGAGUCAGCAAUCUCACUGGGGAAUCCAGAAAACUGGGUGGUAAACACAGCAUAUAUUAGAGUCAGUCUUGGUGUGCCACUCUUUUAAUUAAAGCCUUUGAUUAUGAAGCCUCAUGGGCGAGUUGAUACACAAGGGGCUUUAAGCAUUCAUGCAACAUACGCAAUCAUAAAUCCAUCUAGAAGACUUUGAAGAUAUCAUUCAGUAAUAAGAUUUCAUUUCAAGGCUUAAUAUUUUACCAUCUGCCAUUCAAUCACUGACACUGCUGUGUUGGUGGAGAGCUGUAAACAUCUAACAAAAGCACAGCAGUUUGUAGGGCCUGAACCGAACCUUCAGCUGACACCCUAAAAACUGUACUUCAGAGUGCCAAGCCCUUUCACAUUUACCUCGGCCAGUUUUUUCCGAGGGCCUCACUGAUCUUGCUUUGGUCUUUGAAUGAAGCCGCAGCACUGACUGAAAAAAGAGGAACUGAAUUUCAAAGGCUUUUCAUGGCAAGCAAAGUCAUAACCUUCGACUACAGGGUGGGAUCUCCAUAACUGGACUGUGCUGUAAUUGGCCUCACUGGCUGUUUGAUUCUGGAGCAUCAGAGAGGCAAAAGCAGAUUGAAGAGGCAAACCUGAACCAAGAGCCAAGAUGGGCUGCAACAUGUGCGUGGUGAAUCGGCCCGAGGAACAGUACAGGAUUAUGUUCCAGAAGGGCAACACGAUGCGUCCUAUUGAUGCCGAAAUAAAGCUUAAAGGCAGAAGAUCUUCUCAUCUAUCUCAAGAUAAAGAUGGGCAUCCUCAUGAUCCUUUGCUGCUGCAAGUAGUACGUAAAGCACACAGGAGGAGAGUAGGCACUACAACAGGCACUGCCAGACUAAUGGCCAUCACAGACUGUGUAGACAACUCUACACAGACUGAUAUCAGCUUCCAGAAUUUUCUGGGCACAGGCAAAGGGUCCUGCUCUGGUGGCGUCUCUCCGAAACCUCCUCCGUCUCCUCCGCUGCCCCCACUGGUGGAGCCAUACCUGCUGAAUGAACUCUGCACUCUGGAGCAUGACUGUGCUGAUCUCAAUGACUACCUUGAUGUUGCUAACCACGAGGUGGAUCGUCAAGAGGAGCUGGAAUACGAGGAAGUGGAGCUCUACAAGUCCAGUCAGCAGGACAAGCUGGGCUUGACCGUAUGCUACCGCACUGAUGAUGAGGAGGACCAGGGGAUAUAUGUAGGGGAGGUCAAUCCCAACGGUAUAGCGGCCAAAGAUGGACGCAUUAGAAAGGGAGACAGAAUACUGCAGAUAAAUGGAGUGGAUGUCCAGAACAGGGAGGAGGCAGUGGCUAUUCUUACCAGAGAAGACAGCAUCAACUUCUCACUGCUACUGGCCAGACCGGAGAUAGAGACGGAUGUUCAAAUGGACCCCGAGGACCUGGAUUGUGACUUACCAGUUGGCAUGAGUGUGGACAGUCUUAACACCUCUCACUUGCCCAGUCUGUACCGUCUUCAGCAGCAAAGAGUCCAAACAGGGGUUCUUGAGAACCCGUUACACCGGGAGACACCCAGGCUUAGCCUGGUCACCCUCAAUAAUAGUCAGGAGCUUGACAGUGGUGUGGGCCGCACGGAUGAGAGCACCAAGAAUGAAGAAUCUUCUGAGCAUGACAUUCUUCUGGGCGAUGAGCAGACCAGCGCUUCCAACACCAACACCACGAACACACCACAUAGCCUUCGCAAGUUCAGACCUGGUAGGAGCAGUGGGGGAGAUACACCAUCCCCGCUGCUCCACAUCAAAGAGCUACAUCUCAGCGUGGACUCUCUGGACUGUGGGGGUGCAGGGGCUGGAUACUUACAUGACCCAAUGAGCGCCAUGAUGAUGCCUGGCUUGACCGAGGAGGAGUGCGAGAGGUACCGGGAGUUGCUGGAGAUUAAGUGUCGCUAUGAAAGAAAUUUGAAGAACAGCAAAAUUGGACCAAAAGUUGAGGAAACAGAGAAGAGGGAUGGAGAAGCAGUGGAGGAGGAUGGAGAAAAAGAAGUGGGUCUGGAUGAGAACUGCAACGAGAGCUUGACUCCCCAUGAGAUGGCUCUCUUGGAGGAAGAGCUGCGGCACCUUGAGUUUAAGUGCCGGAACAUUCUGCGGGCACAAAAGAUGCAACAGCUGAGAGAACGCUGCUUGAAAGCAUGGCUGUUGGAGGAGGAGGCUUCAGGGAGAGGCUCCGCUGACCUGCAGGUGUCCCCACUCCAUGAGCUCUCUGAUAUCAAAGAACUCCCAGAGAGAGAGCGAUCAGACAAGGACAGCAGCAGCGCUUACAACACUGGGGGGGAAAGCUGCAGAAGCACACCCUUGGUGAGUGACAACAUCUCUCCUGUGACUCAGAUGGAAGAGUCUGGUUCUCCUCUGCAAGGAAGGCACAGAGACCGACCCAGCUGGAGUGAGAGGGGACGCGCCAGUUUCAAUUCCUCCUACUCACCCAGCAGCUACAAGAAGUUCCAGAUGAACCCUAACAUCAACCCAAAGUUCCGUUCUCUGUCUCGGGAAGGUACUGCUCGUCCAUUGGCAGAUAGUGGAGCACAGGGCAGAAGCUCGAGAGCCAACAGUAUCCAUGAAAGAGCUGGAGGCCGGAGUGCUGAUUCAAGCCCAUACUUCACCCGACGCCACCACUCUAACCGACCUCCGCCUGAACGCUACCAAAGCUGUAUGCAGCUGGGGUCCUCCUUCUCCGAGACUACCAUAGAGCGAACUGUCGAAGGGGAAAGUGAGGCACCCGUGGGCAGUAGUGGUCGGGUAAGCCCCAUGAGCUUAGGGAGCAGCACCCUCGGCCCAGUGCUUCAUUCCAGCCCAGCCAAACACUCCCUGGAUUUGCCUUUGCCUCUUCCCCCUGCCUCCCCACGCAUGGAGUGGAAGGUGAAGAUCCGCAGCGACGGUACCCGCUAUGUGGCGAAACGUCCUGUCCGUGACCGCUUGUUGAAGGCCCGGGCUAUGAAGAUCCGUGAGGAGCGCAGCGGCAUGACCACUGAUGAUGAUGCGGUGAGUGAAAUGAAAAUGGGCCGGUACUGGAGCAAAGAAGAGCGCAAACAGCAGCUGCUAAGGGCCCGUGAACAACGCAGACGUCGCGAGUUUAUGAUGCAGUGCCGGCUUGAUUAUCUCCGUGAUCGGGGCCAGGAUUCAGGGAGGGAAGGUCAGCAGGAAUCAGGCCAGGCUCCAGGCUCAAUUCUGGAGCUGAGUCAGAAGAAGAGCUCAAAAAAGCGCAACCGUCGCAUCUUGGACAACUGGAUCACCAUCCAAGAGUUGCUAGCCCAUGGAUCACGCUCUCCAGAUGGGACCAGGGUAUACAACCCUCUUCUCUCUGUCACUACAGUAUGAGAGAUGAAGGCACAGAGGAAGUAGAAGGAACAAGUGAACAAUGAGAGGAUGAGUGAACGAAGAUGAUCAUUUUUAGCCCUUAAAAAGCUCUAAAUAUCCAUAGCACAUCAUUAUUACAUUUAUGACUUUCAUUACCAAAAUUUAGAUGGAACUUGAAGCACAAUGUCCCAUUACUGAAGCAAAAACCGUGCAAACUGAAUACACAGGCAGAACUAACACUCAAUGCAUUCAACAUUUCAUACACAUUGUCAAAAGCAAACUGCAAAGACAAAGUAAGCUCUGCUAUGACAAAUAUGUCUGAUAGGCUCUAAUAGAAUGGUAAUAUAAUAGAAAAACUGCUGAAAGGCGUAAAAGCACACACAGCAAAUCCUAAAAGCAUCUUUGAAGACAAAGUUUGAAUGUGCUCCAUGCUUCAUAUUUUGACUUGGACAACUGACAUGACAUUACACUGCAUUCCUAUUAACAUAAAUGCAGAAUGUUGUCAUGAUCAACACAAUGCUAAUACAAUCAAGAUAUCGCUUAAUUUUUAGCACAGUUCCCCAAUAUGGCACAGAAUUAAUUGUAUGCCAUUUCUUCUGAGAAAGAAACGACAUACAUGGUGCUGUUCUAUGAUGGUUUUCUUACCUGCAUUAUAUUUGUUUACUGUGGCUCAGUCUGACAAAAACCUGUACACUACAAGCUAAGACACGGAAUCACCUCCUGAAGGGACGACCAUUCUGUGCCCACUCUCAAGUAGUGUUAUUGUGCAUAGAGCCAUGUCGCCUAAUGCAUAAAGUAAAUCCUAUCACCAGCAGCAAAUUGAAGUAUGAACAUGAAAAUGUACUGGACUGGCAGAGGGAUGCCUACAGGUCAUCUGUAAAACAGACCUUUUAGUGCUAUAUCUCUUCAGCAUUCUUCAUGGUGCUAAAGAUGACAGAAGAAUACAACUUUAAAGGAAAACAGACACGUAUUUGGCAAACAUGUAAUGGAUGAAUAAAUAACUCGAAUUUGUAAAUGAAUGUGAGUCAACAGAAAGAAUAACAGUGUUACUGACUGUUCCGACUGCUCUUAUUCUAACCGCCCCAUGCUUACCGGUGACUUUUCCAACUUUUGGACACACUUUUUGCAUGAUUUUAACAGCAAGAGCUAUCACAUAUUAACAGAAAUAUUCUAUGGAUUAUAUGGUUGUAUAUCCAAUGCUCAGUAUACGAUGUAUGUGAUCAGAUUUCUGCUGUCUUUCGUUGCUAUUAAUUUGUUGGUGUGUUAGUCAUAAAGUAGAGUUCUAUGGUUAUAUUGUUAUAACUGUUGACACUUGUUGAUUGAUAUCAGUGGUCCUAUUUACACAAGACAUACCAUGCAUUAGACCUUAAGUGGGAAGUUCAAUGUACUGUUGAAAUGGACAUUUUAGGGAAAUAAAACCAUUUUGUAUGCUUAGUAUAAACCAACUUGUCACUCCAAUGGUUCUUCUUCUCACGUCAAAUUUUGCAUAUAAGGCAACAGAAGACACACUUGGCAUUUAAUCACAGCAGCUUGUGAUUAAGCAUGAAAAGAAGAGCCUUUCCAACAGCAAGAACAUAUUUUAUAGAAUAAGAGCAAUAAAUAAUCACAUAUAAUUUCUCUGAAUUAGGUUUUCAUUGAAACCUCAUACAUAUAUACAAAUAAAACUUCAUACAAUUUCAUUUCUUUAAAUAUAGUUACUGCUCUGACACACACAUACUGAUACAACUUUACAGUUACAUUUUAUUCCCCUGGCCCUAAAGUGUAAACAAUAGCUCGUCUCCCCUGCACCCAGCCAGUUAUAGACACUUAUAACACAGCCCAUUCCAGAGUAAAUACAGAGUAUUUAUAUUAGCUAAUAUGUACAUUCAGGUUUAUACAGCGUCAUUCAGUUAAGUGCAGUAGAACAUGCAACACGUGGCACAGUGGCGCAAGACAUCAGCAUAGCCAAUCAGGAGUAAGGAUGCACACUUUCCAAAACUGCUAAAACUACGUUGAUAGGUCUGUUAGUCCUCUGUCCAGGCAAAUUGUUUUUAGAGCUCUGCAUCCUUCAGGCCUCAUAACACUUAAUGCAAGCACAAGAGUGAAGCUUUAGAGUCUGAGAAAGCAAACAAGCUCAUUAGAGGACAAAGAGAGAGAGGAGGUGCAUUCUGGAGUUGUGCUCUAAAUUUAGCUCAUGUGAUAAUGCCAAAAUUGAUGUUCCUUCCUUCAACGAACAAAGUACACACUCUGUUGAACUUCUGCUCUUAAACAGCCCUAUAAAAGUCUAACUGUACUCUGGAUUAAACAAAUCAGUCUGACUGCAGAUACCAUACGUCAGCUUGUGAAUAUGAGAAAAACCCAUUUAUCCUAAGGUGUAAUUAAUCCUGUUGUUUUAAAUGUUUCUUAUAAAAAAAGAUGAGUGUGUCUAGAUGGAGAUGGAAGUAGUGGUGAGAAGUGGGGGUUGUACUGUACUGUACAGAAGUCAAAGACUGCCCUCCUUUUAUUUGCAUUGCUGUCAAAUGGCCUUUAAAUACAUGUUUGUUCAGUUUUUUUUUAAGUUUCCACUCUUUGCCUUUAUUACAUUUUUUUAAAAAAACUGGUUGCAUAUCAUCUCUGUCCAGUGAAAACCAUGUAUCUCCAUUUUUUUGUGAUUUUUACUUUUCUGCAUCAUUUGAGCUCUGCUGUCUUUUACAUUGUGUGAUGAUUUCAUGAUGAUUGAACUAAUAGAAACACUCCAAAAC